AUGAGCAAGCAAGUAGCCGUCACUGGUGCUAGUGGAUUACUCGGAAGGGCAGUUGCUACCUACUUUGAACAACAUGGUGAUGAAGUCUUACAUCUCGCUUUCAGCCGUACAGACAAAAAAUCAAAUUACCUCAAACUUGAUUUUACCGACGAAGAAGCCGUAGGCAGAUUCUUUGCUUCUCAUCAGAUUGAUGGUGCAGCGGAAAGAAGACCCGAUGUUGCCGAAGCGCUCAACGUACAAAGUCCUCUUUUGCUCGCUACUUUUGCUAAGAAAUAUGGCUUCACUUUGAUUGUCAUCUCCACAGAUUACGUGUUUAAUGGGAAAAAUCCACCGUACGAGACGGAUUCUCCUACCGACCCUCUGAACGCAUACGGACAAUCUAAAGUAGAUGCGGAACAAGCUGUUCUCACUCAAAGAGAAGAAGGAGCUAAAGUCACCGUAUUGCGAGUUCCCAUUCUGUACGGACGAACGGAAUACAAUGCAGAGAGUGCGGUCAAUAUCAUACGUGAUGUGGUAGAAGAUCAAAGUGGGAAACAAUACAAGAUGGAUCAUGUUCAAAGACGUUAUCCUACCAAUGUUGAUGAUGUGGCUAGAGUAUUGUUUGAUCUCACCCAUCUGGGGAAACCACUCCCAUUCAUCGUACACUAUUGUUCCCCCUCUCCAGCGUUAUCGAAAUGGGAUAUGACCCAAAUAAUCGCCCGACAUCUUCAUCUACCCAUUUCACAUAUUACCCCAGAAACUGUCGUCCCACCCGGAGCUACUUCCAGACCUCAAGAUGCUCAAUUGAGCACUCGCAGUCUUCAAGAUAUAGGCGUGGACGUAGAUGAAGAAAUGUCUUUUGAUGAUUGGUGGAGAGAAUAUGUGAAGGCGUCUUAA